UCAGGGCGGUGCCACGUGCUAUUGGCCAAUGAAUUGGCAUGAUGGUAUAAAGGCUUCAAACAUUCGGCACACCAAAGGUGUUCCCAUAGUGCUGACGCUAUCGCAGUAAACCUAAGAAAAGGAACCUUUUAUUAUAACUGAGAUUUUCUUACUCUGCUGUAAAACAGCCUUGUCCACUAAGCUGGUUUACGUUGGUCAGGUGGUCUGGUUUUAUGGUUUUAAAGAAGUUUUAGCCACAUUUUCUGCUGUCCAACCAACUCAAACCAGCAAACCAAGUCAAGAUGGUUCUCAGCAGGUUGUUUAUAGUCUAAAUGGUAACAAAUAUAAUUGGACACUAGUAACUCAUCUACUAUAACUUAAUGAAAACACUUGUGAUUUAUUAUUGAAUAAAUUCUUGUGGUUUGAAUGUGAAAGUUCAGUGAUCUUGUGGCAUGAUGCCGCAUUUGCUCCCUGCAGAAGAGUUGUAGAGAUGUAUCUGCGAGUCUCCAUUUUUCUUUUCAUUCUUCUCACUGGAGGAUUCGGUCUAGUCUGUUAUGAUUGCCAGGGCCCAAAAGGAAUUACUUGUGAAAAAAAUACGACAUGUGAUGAUGAACAAAGCAUGUGUAUAACUAAAAGAAUAAUAGAAUAUAGCAGCUCAGAAUAUGGUGACAAAGUGGAAGAGACCAUAGAGAGAAGUUGUGCCACAACAUAUGACUGUGAAAUCUGGUACAUUACAACAGGCAAUUCUUUCCAGUGCUGCGACACCGACUUGUGCAAUGAACAAGAUGACAUAGAUUUCUCAUACUCUUAUUAUGAUAAUGUUGCUUAUUAUGAUCAUGAUGAGAAGAAAUGUUUCACUUGUGAUGAGGAGGACUGCUCAGACAUACAGAGUUGUGUGGAGGAUGAAGACUACUGCUUUACUGCAAAGGGAAAUCAACCAAACACUGUAAAAGGAUGUGCCUCCAAAUACAUCUGUGAUUGUCCGCUAAAAUGGCUAGGACCUGGCUAUAUCACAUGUUGUGAGGGUAACCUGUUUAACGGCACUCAGAGCGUCACUCAGAGCUUCAUGUUCCUCUGCUAUUCUCUGCUCUCCUUCAUCCUGCUGCACUGAAUCCAGCAGCAAAGACCCUCCACAUCAGCCAGAAUGUAAUGAAUGACUGUGUGUCAAUCAAAAUAAAGCAUUCAUUUUCUAAGAUCAGUUGGUUAUCUUUUAGUCCAUGAUGUAAGAACGUCAAAAAUACAUUGGGGUCUAAACCACACAUUGAAAAUGCAGAAUAAUAAUAAAAAAAUAAAAAUAGACUUUUGGACCAUGCAUAUUGAAAUUGUCAUAUGUCAUUUGCAUAUAUCCAGACAUGAUAUUCAGUUAUUGGAGUGCAGUAAAUAUUUGAUUAUGUAAUUAUAUAAAAAAGUUAUUUUUUCAAAUGUUUGAAAUACAACAUUAAAAUAAUCCUAACACAUUUAGCAGUUGCCAAGUUGCCCUUGUGCAGACACUUACAAGAAACCAAGUUUGUUUUUCCAACACAGUGAAACCCACAAAACCACUGACAAACAUUAACAUUAUGAUAACUUAACUUAGGCACACUGCAGUAUAUACUGAGAUAAUGAUGAUUAUUAACCCUAAUCAAAGCAUUAAACCAAAACUUCUCAUAAUUUUUUUUGCAUUUUUCCUUUUUUAGUAAAAGUUGGUUUAGUAUGUUUAUUAGGUCAUUUGAGUUAGGGAGGCAAUGUCAUGUCUUCAUAAUGUAGCAAAAAAUGAAUACGCCUACAUUAAGAAACAUUUUUGGUGGCAUAAGUAGGUCAAAGCAGUGCAGAUUUCACACAUAUGCAUCUGCAUUGGCCUAAACACACAGGUGCUUUUAUGUAGUUGGACUUUCCACUGACUUCUUCUGAGCCUAAAUUUAGUCAUCCUCUUCUCCUAAAGCUUUAACGUUACAACCACCAAACUCGGGUCAGACCUUCAGACUGGUCUGACGUUGGUUGUUAUAUCU